UCACAGAGGCGUUGCUGUUGGUGCUGGGACACACCUACUUCCCUCUCUGUGGUUUAUUUGGUGUUUUACAGCAUGAAGCUCCUGCACAAACAAGAUGCUCACAUAUUUGUACCUGGAGUUGAUCGCGUUAGCAGGAAGCUGUGGUGUGUUUGACACAGUCAUCAGAGGUGUGAUGAUGAAACCCCCCGAUGGCGAGGCGCCUCAGUGCAGCGGCUCAGGAUGGAGAUAGCAGCUCUCUGCGCUGUUGCUGUUUGUCUGAGGCUUUUCCCCAGCAGAUCCCAGUUCUUCCGGUAUGAGUCUGUCACUCUGAGCUGUGAAGGAAAAUCGACUGAGUGGAGAGUCUGGAGAAAUACAUCCAAACAAAUAAAUAGACUCUGUCCCUCAUAUUUAACUCACACUAAUGAAUCUAAAUGCAACUUAACUGAGUUGUAUGAAUUUGACUCUGGAGUUUACUGGUGUGAAUCUGCAGCAGGCGAACGCAGCGGUUCAGUCAACAUCAGCAUAACAGAUGAACCUCUGAUCCUGCAGAGUCCUGGACAUCCAGUUAAUGAAGGAGAAGCCCUGAUGCUUCACUGCAGGUUCAGGCCACCGUUAUCCUCCAAUCUCACUGCUUUCUAUAGAAACGGGGUUCUGGUCGGGAACAGCUCGACGGGAACCUUCGCCAUCCAGAGCGUUUCUAAAUCUGAUGAAGGAUUUUAUAGAUGUAACGCCUCUGGAGUCGGAGAAUCAGCAGAAAUCUGGCUGGAUGUAAGAGGGCGCAGGCCUCAAACGCCUACAGCUCCCAUUGCAUUCGUACUACUUCCUGUUGUGGCCGGCCUUUUGUUGUUGAUUGCGCUGAUCUUGCUCUGCCACUGGAGAAACCACAAAGGUGGAGUGAACCGUUCUGUGUCCUACACCGAAGUCACCAUCUCACAGGACAGGAAGCCUCAGAGAAUCACUGAUGCAGGUUCUGUCCCGACCGUCUAUUCCACAGUGAUACCAGAGAGUUGCUGAUAACGUGAGAACCAGCGUCAUGCAGACCGGGCUCCCUGCUGUGCGUCCAGAAACACAAAGCAUUCAUAAUAAUGGGGUGUGUAUAUUAUUCAAUGGUCAUUAAAUGUUACAAAACUUUACAUUUUCACAUGUUAUUUUGAUGCUUAGAAGUUCAGUGUAAACAUAAGUCCUGAUGGAUUUUUCUGGUACUUCUCCCCACUUUUUGGGCCAGUUUGUGAUUUUAUCCAAUACAUUAAAGCCUAACUUUAAUUUUUUUAUUCAAUAUAUUAAAGCCUAACUUUAAUUUUUUUAUUCAAUAUAUUAAAGCCUAACUGUCCUUUCAGUUGUUUAGCAUCUUUUUGUUAC